AUAAUAAUUUUGUUUUCAGGGGAGGACACCGAUGUCAUGUCAGCAGCUGGUCAAAUGGACACAUAUUUAGGAGUACAAGGCUUACAAGAGAUAUUUCAUGCUCUCAAGAAAUGCUGGGCUUCACAGUUUGGGCACAUAGCCAUUGAAUAUAAGAAGCAGAAUGGGCAGAUUUUGAAUUCACCAAUGGCUGUUGUUAUACAAGAGAUGGUUGCUUGUGAAGUAGCAGGAGUUAUCUUCACUUGUGAUCCUGUUAAUAAUAACCCGGAUGUUAUCACAAUAACAGCUAAUUAUGGUUUAGGAGAGACUGUUGUUUCUGGAUCAGUUGAGCCGGAUACAAUUAUGCUGGAACGAUCUGAUAAUGAUGAAUUAAAAGUGAAAUCUGUAACAGUUGGCUCUAAGCAUCAAAGAAUUGUUUUAAAAGAGUCUGGUGGAACAGAAGUUGAAGAUUUACCAGAUGAUUCCAAAACUUCAGCUUGCAUAAACGAAGAAACAUCGAUCAAUCUUGGAAAGUUGGCAAUAAGAGUUGAGAAGUUUUACCGAUCAUCAAGAGAUAUAGAAUGGGGUUUAUUGAACAAUAAAAUUUACCUUCUGCAGAGCCGACCUGUUACGAGUGGAGCAUCACUUACUGAAUUUGAGUUGAAGCAUGAAUUUGAUUGUAUUCUGAGAAGUGAAAGAGAUUACUUCACUGUAGCAAAUGUGGGAGAAGUUAUGCCAAGUGCAACGUCUCCUUUAGGUGCCGAAUUUGCAAGCAAAUUUUUUAUGGCAGCACUUUCCAAACAGGCUUAUGAGAAGGGAGAAGUGGACCCGUUUGCCAAAAGCAUGUAUUACCAGUCAGUUUUAAAAACAUUUUACUACCAGGCGCUGUUGUCUGUUCCAGAAUUGAUUUGUCGUCAUGGUCAUGAUACAUUGUUUUCAAAAGGAUUCAGCAUCAGCAUAUUUGGACGUCUUCUGGAAGAACCAGAAAUUAACGAAGUUGCCAAAGAGAGAAUGCCUGAUUUACCCAAGGCAACUAUUUGGAGUGACCUAAAAUUUAUAAAGGAUUUAUUUUUUUAUAAUUCGAACGCUGAAAAUGUCAAAAAGAUUCUUGACAGUUACGAGUUUCCUUACUUAAAAUGCAAAACUGCGCAAGAAGCUUUUGAUGUUCUAAUGAAAGCAGCUACUGAUUUGGAACAGAGCGCUAUUCAUCAUAUGAACUGUACAGAGAAUUCCUCUCACUGGAAUGUAAUUGUUUUUUCCAUACUUUUCCAAGCUAAAGGCCGGUUCGAUACUGAUGUAUACAGUGAUUUUGGGAGAAUCUUAUCCUCGUCAUCUCAAAUAGAAAGUGCGGAUGUACCUUCAUCAGUACAGAGAGUAGCUAAUCAAGUAGUGAAGGAUCUGAGCCCCGAGAAAUUCAAAGCAAUGAGUUUAGAAGAAGCAGAAAAAUGGCUGAACACAUCGAAUACAACGUCAAGCAAAAUGUAUUGCGAAUUCAUUGAAAGACACGGUCAUCGAUGUCUUAAAGAAUUUGAUGUUAAUUCGACACCAUGGGGUCAAGAUCAGCGAAUUUUUAUUAAACUCCUACAAGUAUGUAAAAUUUUCUGUUUUCUUAAUAAAUAUUUGUAAAUUUGUCUUCUAAAAUAUUUUUUUUCUUGUUUCAGAUUAAAGCAAUGAC